AUGGAUAAAAAGUACCAAACGCUCGACAACACCAUCUACGUCCAGACUCUCGCCAAGCGCAUCUCGUACUCACGUGCUUACACGGCGUUUUACGUCUCGGUCAUUCUCGCCGCGCUCGUGGAGGCUCGCAAGGGCGCGCGCAGUGCGGCCCAGGACGCUGCAUGCCAGCAGCAUCCGCUCCCGCGUCCGCAGGUGGUUUGGAUCCUGCUCCUCGGCCUCUCAGACAGCAGCAGCACAGGUCGCCGGCUCCCCGUGUCUCCGCUCUUCACCGUCGUCGAGACCUACGUCACCGUGGGACUGCUCGCUGAGCUGGUGGUGCGCGGCGCCAUGCAGCAGCGCGCUUUCUUCGCGCAUCGCUCGAAUUGGGCCGACAUGGCCGUCGCGGGCAUCUCGCUGCUCACCUCGGCGCUGCUGCUGCUCGGCCUCGAGACGCCGGCAGAGAUGGUGCUGGCGGAGGCCUUGGUGUUUGGCCGCGUCGCCUUCCGCCUCAUGCGGCUAGCCUUCCGACAGCAGCAGGCAGCGGCGGGGCACAAGCUCGACCUCUCGGUGCACAACGGCGGCGACAUCUACGGCGGAGGAGGGGACUUUUGCGCGGCGGACUACGGCAUCAGUGCGGAGGAGGAGUGGUGGGCUGGCAUCGGCGCGGGCGGCGGAGGCUACGCGCGCUGCGGCCGCGGCGGCGAACACAGUGGAGAGGGAGGAGGCUUGAACCUCGAUGUCGUGGUCAGGGCGGGCGAUGCCGAGGCCUAA